AUGGAUCAGCUUGCCACUCAUAACAGGAUGUUGGAAAACCAAAUAGCUCAACAAGCAAGUUCUUCUAGCAAAGUACAAGGAAAAUUUCCAAGUCAGCCAGAGAAUCCUAGAGAAUAUUGCAAGGCAAUGAUCCUAAGGAGUGGGAAAAUUAUGGGAGAUGAAAAGAAAGAUAAGGUAGAAGAGGAAAAGAAGAAAGAAAAUGAAAACAAGAAUGAAUCUACUUCAAAUCAUGAUGAAGUUAAUGAGAAAGCAAACAAAAAGAAGGAAGUUGAAAAAGAAGAAGAGGAAAAGUAUAUGUCUCCACCACCAUACAAGCCACAAUUGUCAUAUCCUCAGAGGUUUCAGAAAGCAAAGCUAGAUAAGCAGUUUGGGAAAUUUUUGGAAGUUUUGAAGAAGUUAUACAUGAACAUUCCAUUUACAGAUGCAAUUUCUCAAAUGCCCUCAUAUUCUAAGUUUUUGAAAGAAAUUUUGUCAAAUAAGAGGAGAUUAGAAGAUUAUGAAACUGUGGCAUUAACAGAGGAGUGUAGUGCUCUCUUAUAG